CUAUAGAUAAACAUGACAUAAAAAAAUAACUAUGUAAUAUUAGUUACUUUUAACAAAGGAAAGAUUAUUAUUCUUAUUAUAUAAAACAGAUAAAAUCUCUGAUCUCAGAGAGGAUCCAAUCCAAGACAGAGAUUAUUAACCAAGAGAAGAGAGUUAAAAAAGACUUCACCUUUUUAGAGAAAGCAAAUUCGAGGAGUUUACUUUAUCUGUGAGUGAAAACAAACUAAAGGGUUUUUGAAAAUCUCAAAACGAUGCCAUCAUUGUCACUCUCAAAUCAUAAAAGUAAAUACUCUACUUUUCUUUUUUGCUUUAUUACCAUGGUUGAUUGUUAUCAACUGGAAUAUGUUCUUUUUUCAAUUACUAGUAUUGUUUGGUCCCUGUACUUUUGUCUGCUCUCCCUCAUCUGAUCAACUCGUUAUUUAUGGUCUUUGGAUUCUAUCCAAGACGAGAGAUAUAUACUAACUUCUUUGCUGCUCUGUUUCUACUUUUUAUUCAGAAAUCAAAAGUGUGUCCUUUUCUCAAUCUGGGCAUAUCAAUGGGCACACAAAGUUUCUAACUUUGCCAAAGACAAAAGAGAUCUUGUUGAAUUGGUUGAUGAUUGGAACAUAUGUUUUGAUGAGGGUUUUGCUUUGUAAGAUCCAGUGCCCUUCUUUCAUCUGCUUCUGUAAGCCUUCUCCUCACAUCUACGCAUCUGGUUCUCUGAAAUUGGAGGACACUCCUCCUCCUCAAGUCUCUUCGGUUGUUGAUGACAAUGAUGAUGAUCAGUAUGUUGAUGCACAAGUAGAGGAAGUUGUUGAUCAUGUUGAUAGUUUGGUGAAUGAGGGAACAGAAGAAGAGUGUGCUGUAGAGGGAAAGGAAGAAGAUUGUGCCUUAGAGGAAGGUCAAAGUAAUGGAGAGAUUCUGAAGAGCAGUCUAAAAAAGGAAACUUUAGAUUCAGAGGAUGGUGAGAGAAGGGAGAAGAAGAAGGUGCAGUGGGUGGAUUUGAUGGGGAAAGAGCUUGCUGAGAUCCGUGAAUUCGAGUCUAGUGAAGAAGAAGAGAUCAGAUAUGAUGGCGAUAGAAGCUGUGUUUGCGUUAUUCUGUGAUCAAUCCUGUUUAGUUAAGGCAAUGGUGAAAGGUGAAGAAGCUGUUGGUCUUCUUGUGGCUUUAGCUUUGGAAUCCAUAUACAUUGAGGUAGUAGUAGUACAUAUAGUAGUAGAAUCUGCCACUAUGUUCUUGAACCAAUCUACAUUUGCUAGCCUGAGGUUAUAUGAUGUUUCCAAAUAUAGAAUGGUAGCAUUCUGUUGCGGUAUUAGGAUUGUGAAAAGAAUUGUUUUCUAUGACCAGUUAGUGAAUGGCUCUCUCACUCUAUA